AUGGCCAGAAGUUUUCGCCGUUCCAAAUUAGAAGCUUCAACAGUUGCAGGUAAACUAGUUCAUGAAGUCUUCUAUCGUUUUGGAGUACCCUUAGAGAUUCACAGAGGUCAAGGAAGGAAUUUUGAGUCUCAAAUAUUCCAGGAAACUUGCCGGGUUAUGGGUACUCAUAAAACAAGAACAACUUCUUACUACCCACAAUCUGAUGGAAUGGUAGAACGAUUUAAUCAGACAAUGGAGAGGUACCUAGCAAAAGUUGUGGAAAAACGGCAACGAGACUGGGACAGGCACAUACAACCGUUUUUGUUGUCAUAUCGAAGCGCUGUUCACGAAAGUACAUCAGUGACACCAGCUUUCGCAAACUUUGGGACAGAAUUACGGCUGCCUACAGACCUGAUCACCGGAAUACCACCUGAUGCCCCGACCUGA